AUGUCCUUAGUUCCUGCUGAGAUUCUUGCCAGAGGUUCCAUGGCCAUCAAAGCUUACAAGAAGGCUUUGGAACAGGGCAUGACACGUGUGAUGAGAGUGCCCAUCAUGAUAAUUGGACAGGAACGAUCAGGAAAGACCAGUUUAAAGAAGUCCUUGAAAGGACAGCUAUUCAGUCCCGAGGAGAAAAGCACUCAUUUAAUAGAGCGAGAUCCUUCGUACUUCAGCGUGACAACAGAGAUGUGGAAAGCAGGGGAGACAGAGACGGAGCCACAUCCAGAUGCUGAUGUUUCUCUUCAUAAUAGAGUAGCGCGCAUCAUAGUGGCAGAUUUGACGGGAGAUAAAAAUGACCUAUCAAACCGUGAACCAAGUUCGAGGAACCUCUUGACUUCAAAACGGGGUGCAGCAGAAAAUUUGAAAGUUCAAGAAAAUGCUCCUGUGAUAGUGAAAGAAAAGGGAGGCGAUGAUAUCCAACAGCACUCAGAAAAGACUGCAUCACAGACUGCACGUUUGGUAUCAAAAAUUUAUGUGGAAGAAAACGAUGAAGAGGUUAUUCCUCAAGAAGUGCCACACGCAACAGCUGAAUAUGUCGAAAAAUUUCUUAAAGAAUCUAAGGAAACAAGUGAGGAAAAGGUUUAUUCCACUAUAUGGGAUUUUGGUGGACAAUCAGUCUACUAUGCUACCCACCCAAUAUUUCUCACUGACAAAGCAAUUUACCUCCUGGUGUACGAUCUUAGUAAGAAGUUACAGGAAAGAGCUACACCCCCAGAGAUGGAAGGCGUUUUUGAGAGGAAAGUAGACCUUCACUGCUCGAAGACCAAUGAAGAUUAUCUGCACUUUUGGUUGUCAUCAGUCUCCUCUUUAGCAAGUCAGCACACGGAUGAUUCAAUCAAUUUACUGUCAGGAAAGCUUCCGAAAAGGUCACCCCCGGUUAUUUUAGUGUGCACACACGCAGAUAAAUGUCAGGAAGAUGCAAAAGAUCGAGCACGCAAAAUAUAUGGCACUCUUCGAUCUGAGGCAAAGCCCUAUGGCAAACACUUGUGCAAAACGUACUUUGUUGUGGACAACACGACUUCAGGAAGAGGAGACGAGUGCCCAGAUGUCCAUCGUUUGAGGAAGGAAAUACUUGCAGUUACUGAACAACUCCCACAGCUGAGGCAAUUAAUUCCAAUAAAGUGGUUACGAUUCGAAGACGUACUUUUAAAGAACAAGAAAGAAAACGGGGAGCCGUUCAUCUCCCUUGAAGAGGCAAGAAUGGUAGCACUUGAAUGUGGAAUCGAAGAUGACGAGCAAUUUGUCACCUUGCUAAACUUUUUACACGAUCAGAGAAUUCUGAUACACUUUGAUGACACGCCAGAGUUGAUGAAUAUGGUGAUUUUAGACCCGCAAUGGCUGAUUGAUCUGUUUCGGAAGGUAAUAACCGUCAAACCUUAUGAUCCUACGGCUGAUGAGCGUUACUUGGAAGAAAUGUGGACAAAACUUGAGACUGAUGGAAUCCUGGAUGAUAAACUCCUCCAGAUUGUGUGGAGUCCCUUGCUUAAAAAGGAAACCACACAAAACCUCAUUGCCGUCAUGGAGAAGUUUAGCCUGGUGUGCAGUUUGCCGUCAGUGGACAACCAGAAGCAAUUUCUGGUACCAUCCAUGUUGAUGUCCCAUCCAGAUGAAGUUGCCAACAAGCUCCUCCGCGAAGCCUUCAUCCCCCCUCUUUUCAUACGAUUUAACCAACCACAUCCUCUGAGACACCCAGGCGAUGAUGCUGACUGUGAACAUCUUCAAGUGCCUCUUGGAUUGUUCCCAAGACUUAUAGUAAAGUUCCUUCAGUGGAGCAUCAAGAAUGAGAUCAGACCAUUGUACCAGGAUAUGUACCAGAACUUCGCCCGAUUUCCCAUCCUUUCGAAGGGUUAUUCAGUAAUCUUGCACUGCCGUUCCUCUUGUAUCGAGGUCGUAGUUCACAGAGAUCCAGAUAUUGCAAGCGACACGACCAUCGCCUACAAGGUAAGACGCCUGCUUGACUCGAUACUUCAAAGCAUACGCGAAGAAUGUUUUUGGCUGAAAACUAUGGAAUACGAAUUCAGUGUCAGCUGCCCAGUUUGUUGUAAUCAGCGUUCAGUUCUCUACUGCAAAAAACAUCAAAGACGCUGUUGUGAGAAGGAAGACUGUCUUCACUUCUGGCCAGAACAUGCGUUGUUAAAGGAACAACUUUGCACAAGGAGUACCUUUGCUACAAGUACAGUGGUUCCAAUGAAGCAAGUUUCAUAUUGGUUUGAAUUCCCAGGGAUACAGGUAACCUUAGGACCUAAAAAUGACACUUACAUCAUUUAUAACUCUUAGUAAAUCACGAGUUUGCUAGAUGCUAAGAUAUAUUUUGUUCUUAAAAGAAUACUUUGUUUACUAGUGGAUCCCUAUAAGAAACAAUUAGUCUUUUCACCGACUACAAUGUGGUAGACCUGUCGGGACUAAAAUUGUUGCGCCGAAAAUUUCUGUGGACAUUAAGUAAGGGACUUAGAUUGGGCUAGUUUUCAUGCAAAUUUUGCAGGCGUAGAAUCUAUUCUUGAUUACUCUCUACAACGCAUUAAUCGAAUCUAUUUUCUUUUCUUCUUCGGGCCGUUGAUUUAGGAAAAGCUGACUUAGCUUUCUCCUAAAACAACCUGCUGAAUGACCGUAUGGAGGACAUUCUCCUCCUGGCUAGAAUACUUUUCUGUAAGUUCAUUGCGUUCUUAGUUGGUUUGUGUCAGUAUGUUCCUAGGUUAUUCCAGAAAUCUCCCAGUAAUUCUUAAAUCACUUCCUUUUGCUCGCAGGUGAAGGAUAUCGAUGAAUUUGUGCGUUCUUUUGGAGGUAACUAUCUCUGUUCUAGUUUUAAAAAUAUUGUUUAACAUCAUGCGAGGUUCAUGGCUGCUAACCGGCUCUUUAUUUCUUUCCUCAUAAUGUCUUGAAUGCCGGGGUAUGUUGUCAAAUUGUUUUCCAAAAUGAAAGCUACUGUUUACCCCCAACUUUGCAGAAGUUACCACCAGGAGAAAUAAUAACCUCACCGCAACUGAUAUGAGACACAGAUUUAAUCACCUUCAUGGAAACAAUAUGGUGAAGGUGGAUUCGGAGAACUGUGUGCUCCUCUUUUAGUUUGAAAAGUGCUCGCUGCUUCCCUGAUUGCUCAAUGUUAUAGUAAAUUCAAUGCAUAAAAAUCUUUUACAUAAUCAUAUUAUAGAUUCUCUUGUGAAGGAAAAUAUUGUAGCGAACGUCCACAUUAUGGAUGAGCUUGCUCGCAGCUUGGAUCAACCAAUCUACCACGGGGAGCAAGAGCCGCCAAUUGUCCAGCACUGGGUGCAUCUCGCUGCAGAAUUCUGUGUGCCGGAAGACGUUGUAACGAAGUGCCAGACUAAUCCUCAGAGUAGUCCUAGCAAACACAUGUUUGAGUUCCUGGAAGCACGCAACCCUAACUACUCAGUCAAAGACCUUAAGGAAGGACUCAGCGUCAUCUCAAGAAAUGAUCUGGUCAAGAAAGUGGAGCUAUGUGGUCUAACAGGUAAUUUUUGCAAUUGUUUAGGUUUAAACCUUUCUCUGCGAUUCCACUAUGAUUUUAUAGCUGACAAAAUAACACGUUUAACGUUGCGUCGAGCGAAACCGCUUGUUAUUAUUGCGAAGUCCAUUGCUUUGAAAAUAGCACAUUUCAAAAACAAAGAGGACAUGUUCAGCUGUUACUUAGCAGGCAGCCAAGUGACUACAGUGGCUUUGCUGACUUGCCAAGGAGUCUAAUGACAGAUAUCUCAAGAAGGUGCAAAAGAAGGCACUUUCAAUCAUUUGGCCUGGUCUCUCUUAAGACAAACCACUUGAUAAAUCAACAUCAUGCACUCUUUCCGAUCGUCGGGCUCUGUCAUGCAGGAACUUCAUAGGAAAUGUCCAUUCCCCCAGAAAAUCCAUUUUAUUUACUUAUACGCUUCGCGCGUGGGCCAUAAAUCGAUGGGAAAAAAAAACUUCGGUCCGUAAUUUACAGUACGAACCGAAACCUCGGCCAAUAAGAGGUAUGUAUUUGCAUAAAUUAUUGACGCCCGAUUAUCACAACCAUGAAAAAAAUAACUGCAAAGAGAAUUCAGUAGAACCCCGGUAAGUAGAACUCUGAAGGGAAACGAAAAACAGUUCAAGUUAGCGAGGAAUUCGAGUUAUCGGGGUAAAUUUCAAUACAAUUUUGAUCAAGGGAAAGAAAAUUUAGUUCGAGUUAGCGGGGAAUUGGUCCGAGUUAUUCUAGUUCGAGUUAUCGAGGUUCUAGUGUAUUUCGUUCAGAAUAGGUCUCACAUAUGAAUCUAAACUAUGCUUUUAGUUUUAGGUCUCAGUUAUAAUGCCGUGCCUACAUGAAGACGUUGGAAAAAAUUAUUCAGUUUAUCUGCUACGUUUCUAAAAACUAACAAACGCCUUGUCCCUGCAGACACUUCAUCAUUACGAGUCUUCCGUCAAAAACAUCAUUCCACUUUUGAGACCAUUUGUCUACAGUUGGACCGUUGCAAUAACUGGAAAGCUUUAGGGCGGAACAUCAAUAUUCCAGAUGAAACACUGCAGCAAAUCGCCACUUCCACCAGCUGUACGAAGACAGUCCUUGAGAUCAUCGAAAACAGAAAGCCCCAUGUGACUGUGAAGGAGAUGCAAGAUGUUUUGAAAGGAAUGCAGAGAGAAGAUGUGUGCAAUGUGUUGGACAAAUAUCUACCAGGUGCUAAUUUUUCUUAAAGUUUCCGAAUAAGUUUUGGUCAUUUUCUUAGUAAGUUUAAGUGUAGAAUAACAUUGUAUCGUGAAUUACACAAAGGUUUUUCUUAGACAUCACAAACAUUUUUGCCAAGAAUGGCCAAUGCAAAUGCUGCAAAAAGAUGCAACUGUAAAAGAAUAUUUAUAUCUCUGUUUUUGUGCAAGCAGACAUUUUUUUCGUCAGAGUUGUAAAUGAUUAAAAUAACUCGUUUUGCAUCAUGAUAUCACUGAUAUGCUCAUGUAAGGAUUCCUUAAUAAGCUAUUUAAUUAGCAGUUUCCUUUAAAGCCUGCAAAAUCCUUUGGUGACGUCACAAGACGUAACCCAUAGUAACCUAUUCGAUACCUGAUACCUGGGAUUGCUCUCUUCACAUUAUAUUGACUCCGCUGAGGUCUGUUAAAAAUAAAAUUACCUUGUUUCCAAGUCCUGCUUUAUCUCAGGGCAGGCCCUAUUUUCGUUCCCCCUGGUAAAGAAAAUUCCGACGGACAAGGCGAAACGAAUUUAAAGGGGCACCUUCAACCAGUAUGCAUUGCGGUAGUGCACUUCACCGAAAUCAUUUGCUGUAAUACAGAAAUUACGAACGUUCUGAUUGUGUUUGAAAAUCAGAAUGUAUCUUUACAACUUAAGGCAAUAGCGGGCUGUGAUAUCCUUCUUUAAAGAAACAUAGAUACAAUCCUGUUAUCAAACACAGAAAUCACGCUCGUGAUUUCUGUAUUACAGCAAAUGAUUUCGGUGAAAAGCACGACCGAAAUGUACAGUGGUUGAACGUGCCCCUUAAACGCGACCACUUAAGAGAGAAUGAAAUGGAAACUGCUAAACAGUUGGCGUAGAACUCACACUAUAAUUAUUUUUGUUUUUGAUAACACAAUUUUCAAGUUUCCCAUUUGCAUUUUUCUUAAACUUGUUGGCUGCUAAUCUUCUUAUUUCCCCUCAUUUCUUUUUCUUCUUAUUUAUAGAGGGUGGCACAAUCAAAACUCUCCGAAAUAAUCUCGAUUGUUUAGAAGAACUAACCACCUUGUUGGAUAGUGAAACACCAGGAAUGAAAAACUGGCUGCAUUUUGCUUGCAAGCUUGGCGUUCCCAAAGAAGACUGUGACAAUUUAAAGCCAAAAGGAAACCCAAGUCCAACCAGAGCUUUAAUGGAACACAUCGUUCAAGUUGAUCCAGCCCUCACAGUCAAGAGGUUUAUCAAAGCACUGGUGAAGAUGCAACGCAUAGAUGUCGUGAAUGCUUUGAGCAAAUUAUUUCUGGGUAAUUCACUUAAUUAUAAUUACCAAAGGUUGUCGGCAUGUGUUAGCUGAAGUAUUAUUAUUCGUUAUCUUCAAAAUGUUUGGUGAGGUUAUCUUUGAGUAGAAAACUGAACAUUUCCUCUAAUUUAAUCUGACUCGUUUCCUCGCAGGUACGGGCCGUGAAGUGGGCAGAAUUCCUUUGUUGUAAUAGAUUUUACACGCACCUAUUUUUUCUAAUGGUCAUUAAAUAUGACGUUUGUUGCGAUCCUAGCGUGCUGAAGAUCGUAAAUUAACUUGAAAGUCGCGUAUUUCACACUUCUUUCUACCGGUUUUACCCUGUGUUUUUAUUGUUGUUGUUGUCUUGAUUUGUUUGAUGUGUUUGAUUAUUGUUUUGUAUUGUUUUUAAAGAUCAUUAUACAACUUAUCAAGAUUCCAAUGGAAAAGACAUCAGCAUCGACUAAGAAGGUCUGUAACUAGAGACCAUAGCGUGAAGCCUUUCCACUGUUUCCUGAAAGAAACACCUGAAGGUUAUUCACUAGGUUUCGUUGUAUUUGGUAGAUUCAGAAACCACAAAAACUUUUAAAUUUGCGACUACUUCAUGCCCCCUUUAUGAUGAUAUAUUGGGAGGCAGCGUGAUCGACCCACGCCAACUCGCUGGACCUGCAAUUGCACUCGCAAUCCGGCUCUUCAGGGUUCGAGUCCCGCUUAGACCACUUUUUGGAUUUGGUCUUAGUCGUUCCGAGUUCAAAUCCUCAUCUACGCUUGUAAAUAACCGACUGUUUUCCUUCUGGCAGUUGAGGUUUUUCAUCCUUUAUGUGCUAUUUGGAUGAUUUGUUUUUAAUUAUUUAAGUGG